UGUAGUAUAAAAGGCAAAUAAUUUAACCACUACAACAUCACAUCACUUACAACUGACAACUAGAAAAGAACAACGGCAACAGAAGCAGAAGCAGAACUAGCAAACGGUGAAAAUAAUAAUCAUUAACAUGGCCAAGUUUUACACAAGUGUUGCAAUUAUUGCCAUUGCAUUGGCUUUGGUAACUGCAGAACCUCCAAGCUUUAGGCAAUCGAAACGUUUCGGCAACUUGAAAAUACAAAACAACAGGAAAUCAUUUGCUCGCCAAGAACAGACACCAGAGGUAGCACCCUCCGCGGCACCUUAUGCACCAGCCGGUGUGACUCCAGAAAUUCCCUUUAAUUUACCAACCGAAACUGAAGCACCUGCAGCAGAACCCGAUCAAACUUACGGUCCACCAGAACAGACACCCGAUGAAACUUAUGGUCCACCAGAGCAGACCCCCGAUGAAACUUAUGGACCACCAGAGCCAACCCCCGAUCAAACGUAUGGCCCCCCAGAAACCGAAGACAGCCCUGCAAUUACUGAACCAGAUAAUACAUACGGCCCACCUACAACCGAUGACCAACCUGCCAUCGAAGAACCAGAAGCCGAGGAAAUUCCCCAGUCGGAAAGCAAUUUAGUUUCAGAAAAUCUUAUUCAACCCAGAAAUAAGAAUAUUCGUCAACGUUCACGAUCUGCUCCAUUACGUUCUCGUUCCACAGCUCAACGCUCUCGUUCAGCUGCUUUGCGACAGCGCAGUGUACCUGUGAAUCCACGCUCAAAUACUGUGGAAAUUAUUCAUUCAGAACCGGUUCUUAUUUACACUUUGCACUAG